UGUAUAGGUUCAAGAAGACGCUUCAGGUUUUACCAGGCAAAUAGGGGCGAAAGGGCGACGAGGAAAUAAGUAGAUUAUCGGCCAUGGCAGGGCGUGGCAGAGGCCGCGAAAUGACUCUUCCUGCCUGGAUGAAAUCGGCAGGUGGCCCCCCUCCGGCUAUCGGCGCGCUCCCCGAAAACCCCCCCGGACCCCCCGGACCCCCCGGCGCGGGUCCCUCCGCCCAUUCCCCCACCUCCCCGUUCCCCCCGCAUCGUCCACCCGGCUUUCCGUCGAACCCCGGCGCGCCGCCUUUUGCGCGGGGGCCCCCCGCGCACCCAGGUCCGGUAUUGCCGUUCCCUGGCGGAAUGCCCGUGCCUAUUGCUCCCCCGCAUCUGCAGCCGCCGCCGCCGCCGCCCAGACCGGGGGGAGGGCCGCCUAGGCCAAUGCCGGGGAUGCACGGGCCUGGUGCCGGACCUAUUCCCGGACCUAUUCCCGGACCUGGUUCCGGACCUCCUGGUCUGGAUCCCCGUGGUUUGGGGCCUCCAGGAUUGGUUCCUCCACGAGGGCCUAUGGCGGGGGGCCCUAUGGCUGGGGGACUUAUGGGAGGAGGUGGGCCUAUGGGGGGAGGAGGGCCUAUGCGGGGCCCAAUGAUGGCGCGGCCAGGGUUUCCAAUGAUGCACCCCCCCCCUGGCGCGCAGGGUUUCCCGGGGGGCGCUCCCCCUGGCCCCCCUGGUCUCCCUGGUCCCCCGCCUGGUGCGCCGUUUGUGGGCGGACCUCCCCCGCAGGCAGGCGCGCCUGGGGGGGGAGGAUAUCCGCAGCAGUUUCCCCCACAGCUCAUGCAGCAGCAGCAGAUGGCGCAGGCGCAGCAACAGCAACCGCCUCCGCAGCAUCAGCAGCAGGGGCAGCAGCAGCAGCAGCAGCAGCAGCAGCAGUUGGGGGGUGCAGGUAUUUUGGGAAGAAGCAGCAGCAGCGGAGCAAGUGGGGGAAGAGGUGCUGCUGGAGCCAAUGGGGGCGCGCCACGUGGACAGUGGGGGGGAGAAGAGGGAGUGGGGAGUGUGGGGAGAGGAGGGCUGGAAGAAGCUGUUCAGUUCGCCGUGCUGAAAGAUCAGGAGGAGGCAGCUCAAGCGGCUCUGGCGCAUGAGGCGAGCAACCGCCAAGCACCGGGUGAUGUGGGCGCAUCAGCCGACCCGCAGUCGCUGCUAGACUCCCGACACGACCCCACUGCUCUCAAGGGCAAGCUGCUACAGAUGACAGCGGAGCACCGAGCAGAGGUGGCAGCAAAGCGGGGGGGGGGCACCGAGGCAAGCCACAUGCAGCAGCAGCACGAGCACCAGGGCCAGCAGGGGCAGCAGGGGCAACAAGCCCGGCAGCAGCAGCAGCAGCAAGAGCACAUGGACAUAGGCAAUGGGUACGGUGUGCCCGGUGGAAGCGCCACGGUGCCUCCACACGCUGCUCGGCGCCCCAUGUUCUCCCUUGUGCCUGAACCCGUCUUCAACCACCACAGUAGAGGAACGCCCAACUCUGAUCACCACCACCAACAGCAGCAUCCGCAGGGCAGGGGCAGGGGCAGGGGCAGGAUGGGGGGCAGCAGCUGCCGCAGCAGCAGGGGGGCAGGAAACAGGUCUCAGGCGAAGGAGAGGGGAAGGGAGAGGCUGCGGGCUCGAGGCAUUCUCAAGGAGGGUGGGGGCGCGGGGAAGAAAGAUGCUGUAGCAGGCAGUAGUGCCGCUGCCUCUGCUGCUGCGACAGCAGAGCCUGCAGGCAACUCUGGCGCUGCUGCUGCUUCGUCGUCUCUUCCUCCUGGCUGGUACGAGGGAGUAGACGAGGCAACGGGUGUGAAGUACUGGUACAACGAGCACACGGGCGUGAGCCAGUGGGAGCCCCCUGUGGUUGCGCCAAGGAGAUCCAUCCCCCCUCCGCCUCCACCGCCCGUGCUCGCUCCCCUCCCCCCGGGAUGGGAGGAGACGGUUGACCCUGAUUCAGGCCACAAGUACUUCUACAACGCGGCCACCAAUGAGACCAGCUGGGAAAGGCCCAAGGCGCCGGCAGGCACGGGGGGGCCAGCAGAGGGGAGAGGCGGAGGGGGGGUUGGGGAGGCGAACGGGAAUGAUGCUAGUAGCAGUGGCACUGCUAGUGUGAUGAAGUUCAAGCGGUGUGCGGGGUGCCAGGGGUGGGGUCGAGGCGUGGUGCAAUCGUGGGGCUACUGCAACCACUGCACCAGGGAGCUUGGCAUAGUGGUGCCCCCUGGCGCAGCCAAAAAGGCGGCGGCGGCAGCGGCGGCAGCAGCAACAGGAGGAGGGGCGGUGGGAGGACUGGGGGAUGAAAGGGAGGGAGGGGGAGGACCAAGAGCAGAGCCUAAGAGCAGGCUCGGCGGUCCCCCCAGGCCCGGCGCCCACUCAGCAGCGCGCAAGGUGCAGCGGAAGCGAGCAGCAGCAGCUGUGACAGCAGCAGCGGCGGACGACAAGGAUGAGGUGGAUCCCAUGGACCCCUCGUCGUACUCGGAUGCCCCGCGGGGCGGAUGGGCGGUUGGGCUCAAGGGGGUGCAGCCGCGAGCAGCAGACACAACUGCAACGGGCCCCUUGUUCCAGCAGCGCCCCUACCCCUCCCCGGGGGCUGUUCUCCGGCGUAACGCCGAGUUGUCUGGGGCAGGGGGAGCAGGCAAGGGUGGCAAGGCAGGGCCGGCGGUGCAGGGCUACGCAGUGAUCCGCAAGCGUGGAGAUGGUAGCGAUGGGCUGGGCGAUGCGGAUUAGGCAGCCGUCUCUCGGGAGGAGGGCGCAGGAGGGCGGAGCAGCAAUGCAGGGAAGGGAAGGGCUAUGCGGUGAUCCGCAAGCGCGGAGAUGGGAGUGAUGGACUGGGCGAUGCGGAUAAGGCAAUUGUUUCUUUUGAGGGUGGAGGAGGGUGGAGGAGGGUGGAGGAGGGCGGAGGAGGGCGGAGCAGCAACGCAUGGCAGGGCUAUAUGGGGAUCUGCAAGUGCGGCAACGGCAGCGAUGGGCUGGGCGAUGCGGAAAAGGUAGCCGUUUCUUUCAGUGGGGAAGGUCCCAGGGUAGGGCGGGCGGGCCCUCCGGUGCAGGGCGUGGCGAUGUAGCCAUACACCCAUGUGCAAUCGGGGUGAUGGUGCGGUAGCGAUGAGCUGAGCGAUGCGGAUUAGGCAAUUGUUUCUUGGGAAGGUGGAGCAGCAGCAGCUGCAGCAAUGCGUUUAUGUGGGAUUCCAAGGCUGAAUGUGGAGCUGGAGCUGGGAUCAGGGAUGUGCAGGCAGUGGCAAGGCAAUGGUAGUGAUGGAUUGGGCCAUGCUGCUGAUUGGCUUGAGAGGAGAGGGUAACAGCACAGAGGGUGGCCUGGCCAAGCCAGCCAGUAGAGUCUAGCUGUUGGUUGGGCUGGGCGACGGGGGCAUCCUCCUCGCCCUGGGAUUAGCCAGCAUAUGGUAGAAAGUGGUAUGUGAAUUAACCAUUGGGCUCCUGUUUUGCUCGUAACAAGCUCAAGAGAGGAGAUGGCGUGCAGUUGAGUGAGACGCAUGCGUAAGGGAAUGCUUCAAUGUAUUGCGCCAAGGUACAGGCAGUUUGGAGUGUACAUCCUAUGGAUGAGGUAUGGUGGGUUGGAUGAAUUUGUUUUAUAUACCGUAAUUGGGGUACGGCACUGUAAGUAC